AUGAAUUUGUUUAAGAUGACUUCCAGGUUCGGAAUACGGUCAGUUCGAUUGUGGCACAAGGACAGGGAAUCCACCAGCUCCAAAAUUGAAGAAAGCAAUCCCUAUAUUAAGAUUAAGCAACUCACAGCUCAGAUUUUCAGCCUUGACCAAAAGUUGCAACAAGCUAUUGACACAAUUGAUUCUUUCAAGGGCCAAUUGGCAGAGUACGACGUCCUUUUGGCACAUGCCCAGUGUCGUGUUGCUGAGCCUACACCUUCAGCUUUUCAGGUUGAGACCCAGACGCUUAGUCAAACUAGCUUUGCCUUAAGCCCCGAGAUGAAACCCACUCGUGUAUGGAUUGAUGAUCUAUGGCUCUGCAAUACCUCCGAGAAUACUCCGCUCCAAGAAGCAGAGGCAUAUUGGAAAAACGGAUCACCCCAGUGCGCGCUGGAGAUCGUUUCUCAAGCGAUCGAUUCAAAUCCUUUUCUCUCUCCAGCGGAGGAAAUCCGUUGCCGAAUAUUUGCUGCUGCAGUAUUCCACUCCACAGGACAUUUUGACGAAUCCAAUCGUCGUAUAGGCAUUGUUUUGAAGACAAUCGCCAGAUACACCCGUCUUGAUGAACCUCGAUCCGAAGAACUUAGAAGUAUUGCUCAUUACAUCCAAGGAAGGAACCUCAUGGAGCUAGGAGAGUUUACUGAUGCUUACUACUCACUUUCGCGGGCUCUCGGCACGCCUGGAUAUCAUACCAAGGCACGUGAUUACCAAAAGACUUCUGUCAUUGAGUUCACUCGACAGGUGGCCAUGGGAGAUAAUGCAUCAAUCUCCUCAUCUUUACGUCCCAUUGUGAGUCGGACUGAGUGUGUUUCUGGUGAGUAUUUGUCGUAA